AUGAAGUUCAUGUAUCUUCAUAUAUACUUAUUCCUCUUGGCUGCUUUUAACUUACGAUUAACGCACGGUUGGAUGUUCAGGUUCCUCUAUGAUCCACCAAAUCAAUUUUACCAAGGAAAGAAAACUGGCGGUAGCUUCGUCCAGGUCUCCCCAAAGCCUUGUACGGAUAUGCAACGGCGAGCACGGGACGCCGAGGGAAUAAGGCGAGAGUUCGUUGGUAUAUCCAUUAUACAAGGGGAUCCGAGCCUUCCACCAAAAACAGGCUUCCAGUUGCCCAGUCCUGAUCAAUUUGUGAGCAGUGUCCCUGUGAGAUACCUUGGAUUCUGGACAAGGGGGGACUGUGACCGACUCCCCAGCGCAAUUGCCCAUUUUUAUUCAACUCCCAGUACAGUACAAAAAGCCAACUUCUCGUUGUUGGAAGACUACGGGCUUAAUCAUGAUAUGAAAUGGAAGGAUCGAAAGUGGUGGAGUUGGGCGGAAUUAAUCGAUUUACCCAACGGUGCUCCUCAGUUCCCGGAGAUACCAGCCGGGGCAAUGGCUGCCCGGACGACUCGGGAUGGGUUUUUCAACUUAAAUUCGCGUGCAGAGUUCUUGAUCGCUCAUGACACGAUUACAGUAGAUCCCAUAAACUCACACUUCAGAUCGAAGGAUGUUCCCAAAGAUUCAAAACCAACCGUGGAAAAGAAAGAGUUAACGAUGAACCCCGCGGUACCAUUAGCAGAUACAUCGGGUGCAAAUGGCAAUAGAUAUUCUGUGGGAGGUCCCGAGAAAAUCGUUGGGACAAGCCCCAGCCAGCCAGUGAUAGUACAGGCUGACACGGAUACCCAACGAGCUACCCCUGAUCGAAAAACAAGUUCUCAGUUAGAAAAGGGGCCAGAAACAGCCGAACUGGCUGCAGUUGGGUCAAAUGACAGGACUUCACUUAUUGAUUCUUUGAUGUCAUCCGGAGGGAAAGCACUACUUGCGGGGCAAGAGGUCGCAAAGCAGCAAUUAGAAUCAGAACUUCUUUUAAUCUCUAGUGAAGAACUCAUAAAACUACGACAACACCCCUUGUAUCAGCUUCCCAAGUUUCAGUUGGCAGAUCUACUGUUGCGGACACGAUUAGAGAAAGAAUUCAAAGACCUCCCAGAAGACGAGCGGGAGAGUGAAAUCCAAUUCAAGCUCGCAAUGGCAGACUAUGAGAGGCAAGGAGGAAUAGACGCUAAUUCGUCCGAAAUCUCCGAAGAAGGCGGUGUCUUUGAGGAGUACCUCGAAAAGGCUAUACGCCAAACUGGUGCUCAAGGAACGGACACGAAGAUGGAGGAAGAAUAUAGUGAAGAAUACGAAGGCCAGAAUUACGGAGACUAUAUCAAAAAUCUGCUUGAAAAGGAAUCUUCUCCCGAAAGUGAGGGCGAUGAUGAUGAUCUGGUGAAAAUCGAAGAGUUUCUUAAAAAAGAGCUAAGCACAGCGGUUCAGCUGGAAGACAAUAGAGCAGGCGGAUACGCACAAGAUGCAGUGAAAAUUGAAGCUGAUGAUACUAGUUUGGGAAGAUUUUCCAGGCCUAGGUCUGUGAUAAGAACCUUGGAUGCAUCUCAGAUAGAUGCUCAACUAAAGCGCCUGGCUCCUCAAAUGGAGAUGAGUGGCGUUCCUCCAGAAACAGAAUAUGAUCGGCUUAUCAGUGAAACGAUCGUUAAGGAGGAAAACUAG